UAGGGAAGCGGGGCUGUGUAGUGACAGUCCAUCGACCUGUCUGCAGUCCGUCUGUCACAGGCUGGCAUUGCUCAUUUCAGCGCUUUGUAGCUCGAAUCCUUUUUUUACAACAGCCAAAUGAACCAAACGCUACCGUCACACAGCAGCAGUUGAUACUCGCGCGUACAGAAAUGGCAGACGAUGAAAUAGACUACAAUAUCGUGUUUCCAGAUGCGGGGACAUCGGAGAGACACUGGCAGGGGACAAAGGAGCCCGUUGUGAUUUUGUUGGGCUGGGCUGGUUGUAAAGACAAACAUCUGUCCAAAUACAGCUCCAUCUACAAUGAACAGGGAUGUGUCACCGUCCGCUACACUGCUCCCCUGAAGACGGUCUUCAUCUCAGAGUCGUUUGGCUACAAGGAGCUGAGCAGCACGGCCCUCAAGUUGCUGGAGAUCCUGUAUGACUAUGAGGUGGAGAACAGUCCUAUUUUCUUUCACAUAUUCAGUAACGGCGGCUUCAUGCUGUACCGUUACAUUAUAGAGUUGUUGCACAGUGAUAAACAGUUCAGUUCUUUGUGUGUGAUCGGGGCCUUAGUGGACAGUGCCCCGGGCAGUGGGAAUGUCCGCGGGGCCUUGCGUGCACUUAAGGCCACCCUGGGCCCCAAAAUAACUCCUGUUUUAAGGUACGUCCUCUUAGCCCUUUUCGCCGUGACUGUUUUUCUGUUGCGAAUCGUUCUCUACCCGUUGACCAAGUACAUCCACAAGAACCACUAUGACGCAGUGCAGGAGAGACCGCCCACCUGGCCUCAUUUUUACCUGUACUCCAGAGCCGACCAGGUGAUCAGGCACAGGGACAUCGAGCUCUUUGUGGAGACCGUCAAGCAGAAAGGCGUCCCAGUGGACAGUUUUGAUUUUGUCUCCAGUCCCCAUGUCGGUCAUUUCCGGGAUUUUCCUGAGCAGUAUGCUCUCAAGUGCCGCGAUUUCCUGGUGGCUUGCAUGAAGGACUUGGAAGGGACUGAGAUCAAGAAGAGACAGAGGAUUCAGGAUUAGUGAGGCUCGGAGAGAAGCUCGCAAGAUUUUCCUAACCUUCUGUCGAGCAGGCUGAAGAAAAUCAGACAACUUCUUUUCAGUGUUCAGAAAAUGAGGCUAACAAUGUUUUUUGCAAGGCAGCUGGAAUUUAAGCGGAACAAGUGCAAGAUUUUGGAUGUUUUUCCGUCCCAGUGCACAUAAUGGCAAGGUUCCACGGAUGUGAUCUACCGUUUCCACGUCUGGAAAAGCAGCUAUCUGACACACUGUAAUUCACAUAGCCCUAAAAUGUGUGGUUCAAAGGCCUAACCCUGCCCACUUUUUUGCAACAGUCACAUACCAUUUGUAAAAAUAAUAAUACAAGCACCUGCUAUACACUGGAAAGUAAAUUCUUUAGAAUACUUUAAAUGGUAUUUAAUAUUGCUGUGAAAUGUGAUGCAUUGUACAUUAGUAGUAGUGAUUCUAAAACUGAGGCUUGUUAUCGGAUGAUAAUAAUAAUUUGUAUCUUCUAUUUAUGAAAUUAACGACAUAUUUAUGGUUUUAAUCUUAAAUUUGUCAUCAAGAUUAGAUCACAGGGGUGCUUACAGUGAAGGCAACUCAAAAAUGAAUACUUUUCUUAUUAAUAACAAAAAAAAAAAAAAUCUCAAACUUGUUGCCUUAUACAGUAAAUGCCUUUUGAUUGUUUUUGGUCCAGAAAUUGUAGGAUAUCCUGCCCUGACAUGUGAUACACAAUUGAUUUAGUUCAAGGACAAGGUGAUUGACACUGAAUGUAAAUGUCCAGCACAGCUAUUGUGUUCUUUCUAACGGAUGUGCCUUCAAUAAAUUAGAAUGCUCUUAAAAAAAAAA